AUGUUCUGCUGUCUCAGAUUUCUCCCUGUUCAUCUGCAGGUCUGCAUGGGAACCUGCCUGCAUCGUGAUGUUGCGGAGGAGGACAAAAGCGCUAAGAAACAGAGCUCCAGAAUAGAGCAAGAUAUACGCGAACACGCAAAGCGUGAGAUGAAUGUAGUUAAAAUCCUCAUGCUUGGCGCUGCAGAGAGCGGAAAGAGUACCCUGAUCAAACAGAUCAAGAUAAUCUACAGCCAUGGCUUCUCCAAGCAGGAACUCCUUCGUUUCAAGCCUGCAGUGCUAGACAAUCUCCUGACCUCUAUGAAGUUUGUGCUGCACGGGAUGGGGAUGCUGAGGAUAAACCUAGCAAACAAAAAGAACAAGGUGCACGCCCGUUCCAUCCUCGCCUGUAGCCAGUGUUUAGGGGAGGACCAGGAGCUGCUUCCCUUUGUGGCCUAUGCUUUUUGUGCCCUAUUGGCGGACCAAGGGGUGCGGGCUGCAACGGCCAGGGGUUACGAAUUUGAGCUAAAUGACUCAGCAGUCUAUUUCUUUGAGAACAUGAAUCGGCUCAUCGCUCCCAACUAUGUUCCCACAGAGAUGGAUGUAUUGAGAGUGAGAGUGAGGACCUGUGGAAUCAUCGAAACUCAGUUUCAAGUCAAUGAAAGGGUGUUCCGGAUGUAUGAUGUAGGUGGGCAGCUGAGUGGAAGAAGGAAAUGGCUCCACUGCUUCGAUUGUGUCCAUGCUGUCCUGUUUGUGGUGGCCCUCAGUAGUUACGAUAUGACCCUGAUGCAAGACCUCUCAACAAGCCGACUGCUGGAAAGCCUUGAACUCUUUACCUCCAUCUGCAACAGCACAGUUUUCAAAAAUACUUCUCUGAUCCUGUUCAUGAACAAAACCGACCUUUUCCGGGAGAAGAUCUUGUACUCGGGAAGACACCUAAGGCUUUACCUCCCCAGUUAUCAAGGACCAGAUACUGAUGUGAAGGCUGCAGCGCAACACAUCACUGCCAUGUUUGUCGCACGGAACUGCAGCAGACCCGACCAGCCGGUGUACCACCACUUCACCACGGCCACGGACACCUCCAUUGUACAGAGGGUUUUCCAGGCGGUUACGGAGGAAGUCGUUCAACAGCACCUGAAAGCCGUCCCGCUGCUGUAA